AUGGCAAAACAGAGCUACUUGAAAAUGAUGACUGAAUCAGAUGCAAAUGAAUUGAUCCACUCCGAUCUCAAAGACCUUGCCACUGCUGCUAAAAAGCUUGCCAAUCAUGCCGUCCAUCUGGGCAGCUUAGGCUUGGGCACCUCUUUCCUCAAAUGGGUUGCUGCUGUUGCUGCAAUCUAUCUGUUGGUCUUGGAUCGAACAAACUGGAAAUCAAACAUCCUUACAGGGCUCUUAAUCCCCUACAUUUUCUUUACCCUUCCCUCAAUAUUGUUCAACAUCUUCAGGGGACAGAUUGGACAAUGGAUUGCUUUAGUUGCUGUCAUCUUACGGAUUUUCUUUCCUAAACAUUUCCCAGAGUGGCUUGAAUUGCCGGCUGCGUUGAUUCUCCUUAUAGUCGUUGCUCCUAGUUUAAUUGCAAACACCGUGAGGGGCGACUGGAUUGGCGUUGUAAUAUGUCUUGUCAUCGCUGGUUAUUUGCUGCAAGAACACAUCCGGGCAGCCGGUGGGUUCAGAAAUGCUUUCACAAAAGCCAAUGGCGUAUCGAAUACCGUUGGCAUAGUUAUUCUGUUCGUCUACCCUGUUUGGGCAUUGGUGCUUGACAUCCUAUAG